CGGUGCUGCUAGUCCACUGGUCAUCGUCCGCCAUGUCGCUCUCCCUCGUCGCCAACAGCUUUCUCGAUGAAAGCUCAUCAAAGAUACGCACAAAGGCAGUCCCAUGGGAGGGGUACCAGCGCGCCGACCUCGUCAGCUCAGACGAGCUCGCCCUCAUCAAGAAGGUCGAACGCCAGCCGCGCGCAAAGACAGAGUCCAUACUCGUCUCCGAUGGCCAGACAUACGUCAACCUUUACCUUGGCCUCCUCAAGAGGCUCCAGCGCGUCGAUACCAUGCAAUGCCUUCUCGUCCUCAUAGCAGACGCUCUCGCCGAGCACGAAGAACGCAUACCACUCUUCAUCAGAGCAUCCCAGACUGACCCUGAGCUCCCAUACAUCCCCCUGCUACGAACCAUUGAGGCCCAAGAUGAAUUCGUCCAGCUCAAGUCCGCCCAGGUCCUGACUGCACUUCUCAGCGCAGAGUCAAUCCCGCUCCAACAACAAUACCUCCAACCGUUCCUCAAAGUUCUCAGUGGCUUGAUCCAGGAGCACUCUGCGAACAAGCGUGAUGUUACUGUUCAGUGUCUCGAAGCUCUCCUUGCCCGACCCGAGUGCCGGAUCGCUGUGUGGUCCAUGUCGCCUAUCAUGAGCGGCCUCGUAGAUAUCCUUCGCCACAGACCGACCCCUCAGAUGAGCUACCAGGUCGCGUUCUGCUUCUGGCUGCUCUCCUUUGAGCAGGUUGUUUCGGAACAAGUUAACAAGAAGUACGAUAUAAUACCCCUACUGAUCGAAGUUGCCCAGGCAGCAGCGAAAGAGAAAGUGAUCCGCGUCAUCAUCGCCACCUUCCGCAACCUGAUCUCGAAAGCGCCGUCUGCCAACCUCCCUGCUAUGCUCGUUGCGCAGCUGCUGCCCUUCUCCAAGAACCUGAGCACGCGCAAGUGGUCUGAUGAAGACAUCCUCGAAGACGUCCAGUUCGUCCGCGACGAGCUGGAGAACAACUUUGAGAGUCUGACCACGUACGACGAAUACGCUUCUGAGCUCGCCUCAGGCCACCUCUCGUGGACGCCUGUUCAUGAAUCGGACGAGUUUUGGCGCGAAAACGCGACGAAGCUCAAUGACAAGAACCACGAGCAGCUCAAGACCUUGCUCAAGUUGCUCGAAGAGAGCGAGGACCCUCUCGUGCUUGCCGUCGCAGUACACGAUCUUGGGCAAUAUGUGAAGCAUCACGAACGUGGAAAGAAAGUCAUUACGGACCUGGGGGGCAAAGCGCGGGCCAUGGAACUUAUGAGCCACGGCGACGCCAAUGUCCGCUACCGAGCGCUUCUCUCAGUCCAGCAGCUCGUCAGCCACCCAUGGGUUACUGCAUGAUAUGUAGCAACCAUCGGAAGCAUGUGACACGAACCAGUACUAUUACGAUAAUGAGCAUUUAUUCAAUGACGACCUUUUCC